UGCAUACAGUGUAUGGAGAGAACAAGACAGUUAUAUUAAUGGAUCUUCUUACGAGCGAUCUCAUUUCAAUGAACCUCAUUUUGUAUUGUUUUGUUGCACGUUUUAUAACUGGAAUCAAAUGUUCAUUUUUAUAAAAGAUGUUAUAUUACAUGCAGCUUAUCUAAUUUACCUGAAACUGAAGGCCUUGAUGAAAAAAUAUGGAUGGAAGAGACUUGUCGUGUUUCUGCUUGUUAGCUUCUUACUGAAUUUAGUUCUCAUCUGCGGGGGUUGGAAUUUUCUGCAGCUUAUGUCGGGUCUUAUUAUAAGAGGCAUACAUGAAUGGUUUGACAGUCAAGUAAUAGAAAUUACAUAUCCUGAACUAAUUUUUGGGAGGAACAUUCCCCACCCACUCACUUUAGGAAAAGGGCCCCCAUUUUACUUGACUACUUUCUACAGAUACAACAAAGAAGAUGUCGUCUUUACGUGUGAAUAUAAUGUCUUCAGCGCAAGAAAAGCUUUUCCUAUUUAUAAAAAUGCGAAUUGGAGAAAGAAUGGAGUCCCCGUGAUUGUAAAUGAACGAAUUUAUGUCAAUAUAAGUAUUCAACUGUUGGCCAAAGUAGAUCAAUUAGAAUACUACAGCGUGAAAUCAACCCUGACCAUUGAAAUGAUUGAAGAAACCGAUUUUGGUGGCUACACCUGUGUCUAUUAUAAUCCAAUGCACACCUUGGUCACACCUGGGCCUAGCAUGUGGGAAGAUUUUAAUAAGAAAAAUACUCAACCAUCCGACAAACUUCAUGACCCAAAAUGCCAGUGUAAUCCACCCAAAAAGAUCAAACAACCUGAAAACUGCCCCUUGAGUAGACAAAAACAACAGGGACAGAGAGGUGCAUUAAAAGAGCAAACUUUGGACUGUUUCACUGAAUUUCGUUUAGAAAAGAUAAAUAAAGGAAUUAUUUCGAAUGCAUUGAACCCUGGUAGUAUUUUUAUUACUAGUGCUCAUUAUAUUACUAACACAGACAUUGAAGACUUGGAAUAUGAUGUAACAUUCCCAAGUGACAAGUCUUGUUGCUCCAAGUUAGUUUGGCUUUACUGGUAUUGGUUUCGAGAUGGCUUCUUUCAAAGACCACCAUUUACUCGUACCAGAAUUGAUGGAAAAGUCAAAUACUUUUACAGGUACCAAUGUAUGUGUCCAUCUUCAUACGGUACUAAAGAGUUCACCCUUAGCAGAAACUACUUUAACCUCACGACACGCUCAUACGACAGAGCAGACAUUGUUUUCCCUUUCAAACUCCGACUGGUUCCAACACUCAGUCAUCCCUGGUCAUCAAGAAAUGGGUCAGACAUCUUAAAUCUUGUUGAUCCCUCGCUCUCGUGUUGGGACAGUGAUUUUACUACUGAAUCCAACAUUAAUACGGUGUGCGCUGUCAUUAGUUUGCUAUUAGAAAGUGCCUUCGAAAAUCUAAUAUUUUAUGAAGAAUGGAUUUUUAAUGUCUCAAUAUUCAUUAUAUUAAUGUGCGUUUCUUUCAUUCCAUUAUAUUUAAAUCGCUGUUGUUCCCGACCAAUCUUGAGCGCAUGCCUAACUUACGGCAGACGAGAGACAACGCUUGCAGCGGUUAAGGGAGAGCCCAUAACAUACACAGGUACGUGUGUUGGCCGUAACACAGAUAUACACCCUGACAAAUUUCGCUAUCAAGUUUAUAUUUCAUACGAAGAGAACAACCAGUUCGAUCUUAUGAUAGCACAACACAUAAAAGGUCUCCUACUGACCUUGAACUUGUCUGUAUUCGAUUGCAACUCAGAUGUCCUUCCCGGGAUGCCCGUGUUGGAAGCCAUCGGAAAAGCCAUCGACAGUAGUUAUCGUUUUGUUGUUAUCGCUUCCAAACAUUAUCUGGAAGAUGAAGUGAAGGUAAUGGAAUUUGACAGCAUCCAACGGGCGAUACUCAGUCAGAAUUGCAAACUAAAGGACAGGUUAAUUAUUAUUCAGUCUGAAAUCUUUGAAAUUCAAAGGAUUUAUCGGGUACCACACAUCCUGAUACACGAAGUAGCUCGUGGCGUGGAUGCCAUGGAUGACUUGAGUCUCACUCAUUUUUUGAAGUGGGAGACAGCUACCCGUCCAUCAAAUGUAUCAGUCAAGCCAGAUGAUUUCUAUAACAAUGUAAGACAAAUUAUAAAUAGAAAAUUGGCUUUAGCUAUUGGCAUUGCACUUUGCUUUCUUGUGAUAAAUGGCAUAGGAAUUCGACCAUAUUUUUUUUCAAAUGAGCAAUGAAUUUAACAAGGCUUUCUUUUAACGUGACAAAUUCUAUUAAAAAGCUUUAUGCUUUGUUGAUUUUUACGUUGUUUUAGUUUGUUUCGUGAAUUCUUUUUUUUUUCGUUGACUCAGAAGAAUCAAUUUGCCAAACACAUUUUUUAAUAAUCUGCGUACCGGGGUAAAGUAGCUGACGGCAUGCCUGUUUAUCUGCCCAAUCUUUGUAGUUGAUAGCAGGAGAAUUAAGCAAUUUAUCGCACUAACAAUAAAUGAUAUCAAAGCAACGUAAAUUAUCAGCUGGAUUCCUGAGAUGAUUAAUCGUUUGUUUCAGUUAUGAUAUAACUUUAAAAUUUAACAUUCAUAUUCAGUAACAGGUGAAAAUCCAUGAGAUGGCGUAAUAAUUUUUUGACUGGUCCAGCUCAGAGAGUCAACAGAGUGACUGAAAGGAAAUAUUAGUCUUUGUAAAAAUAAUGUUUAAAUGUGAGUGUUUCUAGUGCAUGAGGAUAGAAUGAGUCACAGAGUGGGACAGAAUGAGUCACAGAGUGGGACAGAAUGGGUCACAGAGUGGGACAGAAUGAGUCACAGAGUGGGACAGAAUGAGUCACAGAGUGGGACAGAAUGAGUCACAGAGUGGGACAGA